UUCUUUGCAAAUUUCCCUCUGUCUCUCUCUCUCUCUCUACCAUAUUUUUAUUCCAGUGAAAACACGGGCAUUAUCCACUCCAGAGGGCAGAUUGCAUGACGAAAAAGGGAAUAAAACUAAACGAAAACAGUUCCGCUCGCUCUCUCUCUCUCUAACAUGGACGGAGCAGUGGCCAUGAACGCUCUACUUCCAAUCCAUGCAUCUUCGAGGGCAUCACCUCGAGAACACAGCUUCCUCUCAGGGACUCCUCUCAUAGGCCAAAAUCCAUCUUGCAGUAGCACCAGUUUCAGCAACAAGAGUAGAAGAGAGGAAAACAGCGGUUUCAUGGUUGUGACCGCCAAAGGAAGGAGAGGAGUGCAAGAUAGGAAGUUCCAGAGACCCGCUCUUCCCCCUCUUCCCAAACUUGAAGACGAUGGAAACCCCAAGUUCGUCAUCUUCAUUAGAACUGCAAAGGUUUAUCUCUGGUACCCAUUGAGUGUUGUUACCGGAGGAACCACUGCAAAGAUUAUGGUUGCUGCUAAAGAUAACUUCCUUGGCAAAUAUAUAUAUAAAGACACUCUUGCUAGAAACCUUGCUGCUGUGAUUUACAGAGAUGAGAAAGAGGUACAGAAGACAGCUUUUAAGCGAUAUCGUGUGUUGCGAUCAGCUUCAGAGUUUCGUUAUGGCUACAAACUCGUUGAAAAUGGCAACUUGAGAGCUGCACUUGCUACUUCAGAUGUUAUUGAACUUCCGACACAAGAGGAACUGAAAACUGUUCUCGACAAAGUGAAAGAUUACUUUGGCAAUGCUACCAGUGGCGCCAAAGAAUCCUUUGGGAAACUUACUUCCUUGGGUCCGGGAUUGACUGAGGAGGUCGAUGAGAAAGCAGAGGUCAAGGGCUGAAGCUGAUGGGUUCCUUUCCUUCUGGGCUGGCCUCACCUGUUGAUGUCAAUUGUCAACGAGCAUGCAAGUUUUGAAACGUUCCUUUGAUGGCUUCAUUUAUAAGUUGGGUAUUUAACUGAUACAACACAGGUUUGGUCUUUCUUAGUAUAUUUAAUCAGCCUCAUGGAGUAAUACUGUAGGUCUUUUUCAGCAAGUCGAUUUUUAAUAUGAAAAUGGUGCGCUCUUGGAACCUUCCUGUAUUUCUUGUUCAUAAUGUCAUCUACAUUUGAUUUUCUUAGCGCAAUAAUUUCAGCUUUUUGAAUUUGAUUAAGGCAAUCAAGCUUUGAGAAUAUAUGGCAUAAAUCACCUUUCCUUUUGUAUUA